AUGGAGAUGGCUAUGAUUUGGGCAAAUGUUGACGAGGAGAGAGAAGCCAUAAUGGCUCGAUUCCUAGGUGGUUUGAAUAAAGAAAUAGCUGAUUUAGUUGAGUUGCAGCAUUAUGUGGAGCUAGAGGACAUGGUGCAUAUGGCCAUGAAAAUUGAAAAGCAGCUCAGGAGGAAAGGGAUGCCGAGGUAUGGGGGUCAUAUUGCUUUACAAUGCCCUAAUAAAAGGGCAAUGAUCUUAAGAGAUAAUAGGGAUAUAGAGAUUGAGAGUGGUGAAGAUAGUGAUUCUAUGCCUCCAUUAGAAGAUGAUACUGAUGUGGAGUAUGCUGUAGAGGGGAGUGCAUUAGUCACUAAGAGAGCAUUGAAUAUGCAAGUGAAGGGAGAGGAUGGACGAAAAGUGAUAUUGGCUCCAUUGACCCCCAGACAAGUAUAUGAGGAUCAAGUGAAGUUAAGGAAAUCAAUUGAUAAGGAAAACACUAGUGAGGCUGAGAGUAAAAGUGUAGAAAAAGGAGAGGCCAAAAGUUCUAGUGAGAAAAAGAGAGUGAUUGAAAGUAAAAAUAAAGAGAGUGAAAAGUUAUUGAAUGAGACUGGAAAGAAAGUGAGUCAGGAGUUUGAAGAUAUCUUUCCUAAAGAGAUGCCUAAUGAGUUGCCACCUAUUAAAGGGAUUGAACAUCAGAUUGAUUUUGUUCCUGGAGUAAUUCCUAAUCAACUGGCUUACAAAAGUAAUCCUGAGGAGACAAAGGAAAUUCAGAGGCAUGUUGAGAAGUUAGUGCAUGUGAGAGAGAAAAUGAGUCCAUGUGUAGUUUCAGUGCUAUUGGUGUCUAAGAAGGAUGGUUCUUGGAGGAUGUGUGUUGACUGUCAAGCUAUCAAUAAGAUUACGAUAAAGUAUGGACAUUUCAUUCCUAGGCUAGAUGACAUGUUAGAUGAAUUGCAUGGUGCUUGUGUCUUUUUAAAAAUUAAUUUGAAAAGUGGAUACUACCAUAUUAGGAUGAAAGUAGAAGAUGAGUGGAAAACUAAAAUAUGGUUUAUAUUAGUGGUUAGUUAUACUAUACCUUUUGGAUUGACUAACUAA